UGUCACUAAAUUUGCUGUGUAAUAUAAAUUUAAAGUUUUGAAAUCCACAAAAAAAUGUGCUACUGCCCGUGCCCCUGUCCCCGGAUCCGCACCGUUCCGCCCUUCAGCUACCGAACCUUCCAAUGCUGCACCCGCACACCCCCCGGUCCUCCUCGACUUCCGGUGUUCCGGCGCAAGCGAUGCCCGUGCCGCUCGCAGUUUCGGAUGUACUUCCUACGGGGGGACAUCCCCAUAUGCCGUAACUACGCUCGAGCUGGUGGUCGCCCUAGGAAGUUCAUCCAGUGGCAGGUUCCACCGGAAAAGCUCGACUUUCAGCGCUAUCUGCCGCUGUUUUUUGAAGGCCUCUGCGAGACAACCUUCCCGUAUCGGGAGUUUGCCCGGAACGGGGUCCGUGACAUGAUUUCGAAGGCCCGGGAAAAACAGCUGCUGUGCUGCCUGCCGAUGCUGAUACUGCCGGCCAAACGAGCCCUGAAUACGAAAGACCCGGACGUUAUAAUUGCCACAUUAAGGGCGCUCCAGCAGCUGGUACAGGCGGGUCCCUGGGUCGGUCCGGCCCUCGUGCCGUACUAUCGGCAGCUGCUGCCGGUGAUGAACAUGUUCAAGCCGGUCAACUGCAACAUUGGCGGCCACAUUGACUUCCAGGGUGGCCACCGGCUCGGAGACGUGAUAAACGAAACGCUGAUGGUGCUCGAGCGAACCGGCGGCAAGGACGCGUACCUCAACAUCAAGUACAUGGUUCCGACGUACGAGAGCUGCGUUCACAAUCGCUGAACUUGAGAACGAUAUUUGUUUGUAAUAAAAAGAGGGAAAACCCAAACAUUUCUCAUUUCUUA